CGGACACGCCCUCACAGCUGGGUCAUGUGACAGGCGGCGCGGCAAGAUGGCGGCGUCCUGCGAGGAAUUGCAAUAGCACCGAAGGGAAUUCUUCCUAAUGGACAACUGAGCGCACUGAGCCUCCUGAGAUUCUGCAGGCUGGAGGCAGGCGGGGCUGGAACCAUGCUGAACAAGCCCGUGCUGGUGGAGUCCGUGCUGGUGUUCGCCGUGGUGCUGGCGGUGCACGCCGUGGUGUGGGAUCGCUUCUCGUGGUGCGCCGUGGCUCUGGCCGUGCAGGCCUUCUACGCUCAGUUCAAAUGGGACCGGCUGCUGCGGCUGGGGGGAGCCGUGUUCCAGUUCCGCGGGGCGGCCAACAGCGGCCUCCUGCCCGCCAGCAUGGUCAUCCCCCUGCUGGGCGUGGUGAUGAAGGAGCGGUGCAGGGCUGCCGGCAGCGUGUACUUCGAGCGCUUCGGCGUCGUGGUGGCUUCCACGGGAAUGCUGCUGGCUCUCUUCCUGUCCGUCCUAGCAGUUGGCAUCACCAAACCGGUGCCGACCAACACUUGCAUUGUGACUGGGAUCGCUGGCAGUGUAAUUAUCUACACCAUGAAACAUUCCUUGACUGUCUCAGAAGUGAUAGAGGUUCUAGAAGUGCUGCUCAUUUUUGUCUACCUCAGUAUGAUCUUGCUGUACUUGUUGCCUCGAUGUUUCACGCCCGGAGAAGCGCUGCUGGUUCUUGGAGGUGUAAGUUUUGUUCUCAAUCAGCUCAUUAAACGCUCACUGAAUGUAAUCGAGGGCAGAGGGGAUCCCAUUGACUUCUUCCUUCUGGUAGCAGUUGUUGGAGUUGUUCUUCUUGGUCUUUUUUUCACGGUGCUCUUUAUUUUCAUGGAUUCGGGCACAUGGAUCUCCUCCAUGUUUUUCCACAUGAUGACAGCAGUGUUAGGCUUAGGGGUCAUCAUGCCUUGGCUGUACCGACUGAUCCAGAGGAACCCUUUGUUCUGGCUGCUCCAGUUUCUGUUUCAGACACAGACAAGACUUUACCUUCUUCUGUACUGGACUUUCUUGGCUGCCUCAGCGUGUGGUGUGGUUUUCUACCAGAACGCCAAGAGAUCAUCUGAAUCUAAAAAACACCAGGCCUCGACUAUAACCAGGAAAUAUUUCCAUUUCAUUGUUGUAGCUACUUAUGUUCCUGGACUAAUUUAUGACCGCCAGCUGCUCUACGUUGCUGCAGUGCUGUGUCUGGCAGUGUUUAUCUUCUUAGAGUACAUUCGGUACUUCAGGAUCAAACCCUUUGGACAAACCCUGAGGCAUUUGCUCUCUCUCUUCUUGGAUGAAAGAGACAGUGGACCUCUAAUCUUGACUCAUAUUUAUCUCCUCCUUGGCAUGUCCCUCCCUGUGUGGUUGUUUCCCAGGUCUUGUGCUCCUAAAGGCACCUUGCCUGGGGCAGGAGCACUGGUCCCCUACUCUGGGGUGUUGGCAGUAGGGGUAGGAGACACCAUUGCCUCUGUUUUUGGCAGUACAAUGGGGGAAAUCAAAUGGCCAGGAACAAAGAAAACCUUUGAAGGGACCAUGACAGCUAUUUUUGCUCAGAUCAUUGCUGUGGCUCUCAUUCUGAUCUUUGACAGCAGUGUGAAUCUGAACUCCAGCUAUGCCUGGAUUCUGGCUUCUGUGAGUUUGGUUUCUCUUUUGGAAGCUUACACUACUCAAAUUGAUAAUCUGCUGCUGCCUCUCUACCUCCAGAUCAUGCUCAUGGCAUAGAAGCACUUCCAGGAACAGAGUUUUCUCCCUUCCUAGACAAAGGUACUAGAAAAUGCACUGUAAUGAAAGUUCAAAGCUGAUCUUUUGGUACAGCAGAGAAAAUUGUUGAGAACAGAAAUGAAAAAGUCUUAUUUAAAAUAAAGGGUUUGAUUUGGUCUUGUUUUCA